GGGACCGAGAUUACUGGAUGACAAAAUCAAAGAUCAUCUUCGAUGUCUUCGUCAAGGAGAUGGCACAACAGAGGUUAUGAGGCAAUUUGGUCUUCUGCAGUUGGAACUGCCUCUCCCUAUAGAGAACCCGGUGCCAGCACACAUCCACAGGACGACAAGGAAGGGCAUGACCAGGACAACUGUUGACUGGCUAGUUAGACUAGAGCCGUAUGUUAUAGAAUGGGAGACAGCAAACACACAUCUAUGGCACGACAAUCACAAUUUUGAGCUCAAUGAAUUCAAUCUCUAUUUGCGGCGCUACAUGACCGGAACACGGUUACACAUCGUUGACCACUCCCACCCAGAGGAGAUACCGGAUCCUACUCCGUUGGAUAUGUACCCGAGCUAUGACACUUCGGGCUCUAGGCAGUACAUGGCUACUUUGACACACGAACUCUACGAGGACGUGACCACCUUUGGACGAUCACUGUCGUCUGGACCUCUUCUUCAACACCGUCCAGUGCUACAACCCUUAUUGGAACGAAUUCAGAACAAGAUACGGACUGUGUACGAGGCUAUCACGUGCACCCGGAGAACCGACAUUGUUCAGCACCAGCAGCAGCAACCGCGUCACUCCAUGUACCGACAUCAACCACGUCCACGUCUAGCACAUCAGCCGUCAACCAGGCCACCCCGUCCUGACCAACCUGGCAGUUCAACGUGGCAGCAACCACAACACUAUGGCCCCACGUCGAGCUUCGUGCUUUCUCCACAGCCACAGCAACACGGUCCUUCGUCGAGCUUCGUGUUUGAGCCAAAGCAGCCGUCACAACCAGCAGGAGCCUACGGAUAUCAUGCGUCUAUGUCAGCAUCACAUGAUAUGUGGGGGAGUGAUCAACAUCCCGAGGAAAACAUACAUGCUCAGAUGUCGCAGCACACCCAGUGGAUGAACAUGUAUUCGACUCCUCCACCAGGCCCCACACAGGAUACACAGCAUGACCAGGGAGAGUCUGAAAUUCCUCCUCGUAACAUUAGGCCACCUAACAGGUUGGGAUGGUCGCCGCUUUCAGAUCCGCCUCCCCGCCAGGCCAGACGUCGUCACUGACGCUUCCAUCUAUCAGUAGAGACAUGACCAUCUACUUAUGUAUGAGACUGAUGUCUAUUCUAUGUAUGAGACAAAUGACUAUGUACUUAUGUAUGAGACAUAUGCCUACUCUAUUUUAGUACU